AUGGGCGUCACGGCGCGUGAUGACUCCAAAGAUUGGCAUCUAACACUCGAAGUUGGUUCUAAGAAGUGGCACAUCGGCAAUGCAGAUGCCAAGACAUUCGAAGACGCGUACAUGAAGAAGGUGUGCGGAGCGAAUGGAUGUGAUGGGGGAAGCCCUCAAUCCUUCGAUUAUCGCUUCGAAGAUGCCGGCUACACCUCUAAGGGAAAGGGCAGCAUAACGAUGACGGGGUCUGUUGAUAAUGACAAGGACAUGAUGAACGCGAUCCUAGAUCAGGUCGAGAAGGCUUUGGUCGCAUCCGCCGACUGUUCGACGGUCAAAGCUAAGAAGUGUCUGAGCACCUACAAGCGCAACCCCGAGACGCCCCAGAUUGCUCAAAACUGUCACGAUAUCGAAUUCCAGAAGGCUCAAGUGACGUUCUCCGCCAAGUCCGAUGAGCCAAAGGCCUUCAGUUGCGGUGCAACCAUCGGCUUGAUUGGAGGUGCCUUGACUGCUUUCUCAUUUCCUGCCAUGGGCCAUGGCGCGGCUGGUAUCGCCAACGCUUUGUGCGCUGCCACUACUGCUUGA